AUGUGGAAGGCGACUGUUCUGCUGACUUUGCUGAGCCUGAGUCUGACCUUCAAGCUAGGUUGUGCUCAUAAACAAUGGAGUGUCUUUCGCAACAUGUUUAAAAGAAUCCUGAGUUCCACACCACCAAGAGAAGACCCAGGGCAGCCACUCUUCCUUACCCCUUAUAUUGAAAGUGGGAGAAUUGAGGAAGGAAGGCAGUUAAGUUUGGUUGGGCCUCUCCAAGGAGUAAAUGUGAAGAGUUACUCUGGCUAUCUCACAGUGAACAAGACUCACAACAGCAAUCUCUUCUUCUGGUUCUUCCCUGCUGAGGUGCAGCCAGAGGAUGCCCCGGUCCUUCUUUGGCUCCAAGGUGGACCAGGAGGAACAUCAAUGUUUGGGCUUUUUGUUGAACAUGGCCCAUAUGUUGUUGACAAGAAUCUCAGAUUGUAUAAACGGAAGUUUCCUUGGACAUCUAAAUUUUCCAUGCUUUACAUUGACAAUCCAGUUGGGACUGGCUUUAGUUUUACUGAUGAUACUGGAUAUGCAGUAAACCAAGAUGAUGUAGGAAGAGAUUUAUACAGUGCACUCAUCCAGUUUUUCCAGCUAUUUCCAGACUAUCAGAAAAAUGACUUCUAUGUUACAGGAGAAUCUUAUGCAGGGAAGUAUGUGCCUGCUAUUGGCUACUACAUCCAUACCCAUAGUUCCAAAGCCAAAGUUAAGAUCAACUUCAAAGGAGUUGCUAUUGGUGAUGGUUUCUGUGACCCUGAAAUGAUGCUGGGUGGCUAUGCACAAUUCCUGUACCAAAUUGGCUUGGUGGAUGAGAAGCAGAGGGAGUAUGUCCAGCAGCAGACUGACCUGGUAGUAAUUUAUAUCCAGCAGAAGAAGUGGAUGAAAGCCUUUGAAAUAUUUGAUACUCUAUUGAAUGGUGAUGAAUCAAAUUCUUCCUACACUCAGAAUGUUACAGGAUGUGGCAACUACUUUAACUUUUUGCAGUGCCAGGAGCCUGCUGACCAGGAAUAUUUUGGAGCGUUUUUAUCACUCUCAGAAGUGAGGAAAGCUAUCCAUGUAGGAAAUCUUACCUUCCAUGAUGGGUCUACAGUUGAGAAGCAUUUGCUUGAAGAUGUGAUGAAGACAAUAAAGCCAUGGUUGGCUGUAAUUAUGGAUAAUUACAGGGUUCUGUUAUAUAAUGGGCAGCUUGAUAUCAUAGUAGCAGCUCCACUGACAGAACGCUUUCUGCCUACUGUGCCAUGGAGCAAAGUGGAAGAAUACAAAAGUGCUGAAAGACUCAUAUGGAGGAUCCAUCCCCUUGACAAGGAAGUGGCUGGUUAUGUACGCCAAGCUGGUGAAUUCUAUCAGGUAAUUGUUCGAGGUGGAGGACAUAUUUUACCUUAUGACCAACCUGAAAGAUCAUUGGACAUGAUUGACAGAUUUAUCUCUGGAGAAGGAUGGAAGACAAGUGGAUUCAAAAAUAAAACUUAA